AUGUCUAUUGUAUCUCUAUUAGGUAUCAAAGUACUAAAUAACCCUGCAAAAUUCACCGACCCUUACGAAUUCGAAAUCACCUUCGAAUGUUUAGAGCCAUUACAAAAGGAUUUAGAAUGGAAAUUGACCUAUGUCGGGUCUUCUCGUUCAUUGGAACAUGACCAAGAAUUAGAUUCCAUCUUAGUUGGGCCCGUACCUGUAGGAGUCAACAAGUUCAUAUUCUCUGCUGAUCCACCAAGUGCAGAGUUGAUUCCCGCCAGUGAAUUGAUCUCUGUGACCGUUAUUUUGUUAAGUUGUUCAUACGAUGGGAAAGAGUUUGUUCGAGUCGGGUAUUAUGUAAAUAAUGAGUAUGAUUCAGAGGAAUUGAGAGAAAAUCCACCCGUUAAAGUUCAAGUAGAUCAUAUUGUUAGAAAUAUUUUAGCAGAGAAACCAAGAGUUACUAGAUUCAAUAUUGUUUGGGAUAACGAAAAUGAGAGUGAUUUAUAUCCACCUGAACAACCAGAAGUUGAUGAUGAAGUAGAGGAAGAAGAGGAGGAAGAGGAGGAAGAGGAGGAAGAGGAAGAAGGGGAAGAAGAAGAAGAAGAAGCUGAGGAAGAGGAGGUGGAAGAAGAGGAAGAAGUAGAUGAUGAUGACGACGAUGUAGAGGAAGAUGAAAAUGGUGAAAUUGAUUUAGAGGCAGAAGAAGAAGAAGAAGAUGAUGAUGAUGCUGAAGAGGAAGCUGAAGAGGAUUUAGAAGUUGAAGAGGAAGAAGAAAGUAAGGAUGACGAAACAAACAAGGACCAAAAGGAAAAAAUAAAAGAUACAGAUGAGUCUUCUACACUAUCUAAUAAACAUGAUUUAGAAGAUACGGUAGAAAUUACCAUGGAUUCAAAAAAGCAAAAGGUGGAUUUAUGA